AUGGCGUCUAAGCGCCGCAAGUUAGAUCAUGACAACAAACACAAAAAACUUCAGCAUGAAAAGGAGAGAAAUGCAGAAAGUGUGUGUAUUAAUGUAUNAUUUUUUAUUUUCUUGAGGCCACUUACAGAGAAUGUGGAAAUUGUGACUGUUGAUUGGCUGACUGACUGCAUAACAGCUGGUAAAUUAUUGGAUGUUACAGAUAGAGUAAGAGUUAGAGCUGCUGGGACAUCAGCAUCACUGUUAUCCAGUGCUGCCAAAAAUGACACUGAGGAAGCUGUAUCCUGUGGAUAUCAGGACACCAAGUUUGUUUGCCAAAGAGCAACUCCUUUAAAGCACCACAAUAUUAAAUUCACUGACGCUCUUGAGAUUCUUGAACGUCAUGCAGUGUAUGUAGACAGCGGUCAGAGGGACUCCAGAGCUCUUGCUUUCAGACGAGCAGCUUGCGCCCUUAAGUCUUACCCAAAGCAGAUCACAAGAAUAGAAGAAGCAGCCAAGCUGAGCAGUGUGGGGAGCCAUAGCAAGAAAGUCAUUCAGGAUAUUCUGGAAAAUGGCUCAUCAGAUGAAGUUCAAGGCAUCCUAUCCAGUGACUUUUUCAAAUCAAUGGAGAUAUUUUCAUCUAUUUAUGGAUGUGGACCUGCAACGGCUCGGAAGUGGUAUGAGAAAGGCUACCGAAACAUGACUGAUAUCAUGCAAGCAGUCUCCGAUGGAAUGAAACUCAAUGAGCAACAGUCAAUGGGUUUGAAGUAUUACGAUGAUCUAGGGCAACCUGUCCCAAGAGAAGAAGCCAUCAAGAUCAAGGAUAUAGUCGUUGAAGAGUUAAACAGAAUUCAACCAGACUGUACAGUGGAGUUGGUUGGAGGAUAUCGCAGAGGCAAACCUUCAGGACAUGAUGUGGACAUAUUAAUUACGCAUCAAGAUGAUGAUAAAGUGGAAGGGUUGUUAUCUAAACUGGUUGAAAGGCUCGAACAUUUGGGUCACAUGCUUCAUAAGGAUUUAAUGGUUGGUCGUAGCCCACAUUUUGAAACUAAGAAUACUUACUUGAAAAGCAUUAAGGGGAUUGGUGAUGGUAGUCAGAGGCAAGGAGGCCACAUGGAUAGCCUUGAUCACUGCUUCUGCAUGUUCCAAGUAGAAACAAAGAUGGAAAAUGAAACAGUGGAAACGAUACAAGCCAGUCCUAAAACUGACACGACAGAGUCGCACACGGAUACAACAGAUACACGUACUGGGGGGAGGGGAGGGUCAGCAGUGAGGAGAGUAGACUUGAUUGUGACUCCACCAAAACAGUUCCCAUUUGCUCUUUUAGGAUGGACUGGUUCAAAGCAAUUCAACCGUUCUUUGAGGGACUAUGCGUGGAAGAUAUUGAAAAUCAAAUUGUCAAAUCACGGAAUGUGGGAUCACAAUGAAAUGGUAAGUCAUGUAAUUUUGCGUUUUGUAAUUUUAUGGUAAUAGUCAUAGAACACAAGAAAAUCUUGAAACAAACUCACCAAAACAGUUAGUUUCUGAUCUAAUACAGCAACUGGAGGAGACUGAUGGCUCAUCGUCAAUAAUGCUACACAACUCUGGUUUUUGUAAUAUAAAUUUAAGAGACCAUCCAUAAUAUUACUUCAGUAACUCCAGUCCCCUUGUUUAACAUGCUAGUCUCUCACACUUUAACCCCCACCAGCAUUUUUUCAAGUUGUUCGGGUGAAGACUGGCACUGUCCAGUCCAUGGUUGCCACAGAUUUUAGUUUUCAAAAAUUACUUACCCAACUUUUCCCUGAUAAACAUAAAAUUUCCCUGACAUGAAAGAUAAAUUACAAACAUGGCCUCCAGCCUCCACUUAAAGCCAUGGUAGUUACCUUGACAGCAACAGUUAUCAUUCUUCAUUAAGGAAAAACAUUGUUGAGAUUACAGUGAUCUCAACUGUUUCUUCCAGUCUUCAAUGGUAAAAAAUCAGUACUUUAUAGUGUUAUUCAAUUUCCAGUCUUUCCUUGAAUUCUUAAUUUCCCUGAGUUAAACUAAAUUUUCUGA